UUGCAGGAGAAACAAGAAGUUGUCAUCGAAAAGGUUGUUCGAAAUAAAUGCAAAUGUGUCACAAUUGUGAAAGGCCUUGAACUCUUUGGUGCCGGAAAGUGCAAUUGUUGUUCUGUCCUGUGUUCUCUCUCUUUAUCGGUGUUUUGUGUUUUUAUUUUUUCUCUCUGAGUUUCUUUCCUUUUAUUUGUGGACAAGAAAGAAAUCAGGGCUGAUGUAGCCGUUAAUGAAUACAUUAUAAGCAACAGCACACUUAAAAUACCUCAUGUGGAUGAACUUUUUUUCUUUUUUCUAAUUUGACAAACAUAUGAAACUAACAUCAUGUGCAGUCUUUCCUCUUUUUACUCAGAGGUGUGUUCCUCAUGAGAAACAGUUGUGCUUUGGUUGUAACGAACUGCAUGAUUCUGGAAAGUCUGUGCCACAGCAAGUCCCAGAACCAAGGAAAAGAAGGGAAAAUAAAUGCACCAAGGUAUCUGAGAUGGGCCCCAUUAUACUUCGUUCUCAUAGGGUGUUAUUGACAACUAAUCCUGGUGACAAGACUUCAACCAAGGGAAAAGAUCACCCCAUUAAGGCAGAUGCGCCUGUUGAAAUGAAGCCAAAUUAUGUUAAGAAGGAUUUAUCUUCAAGUAUGAAUUCUAGCUCAGUAUGCAAGGUUGAACAGAUUGAAGGGAAUACAGGUUCUCGAGGAGUAGACAUGGAUGGUGCAAAGAUAUCAAUAUCUGGAGGUGUGGAUUCAUCUAUUCAAAGAAAAUGCAGUUCUGUAUGCCUAGACACCAUUGUCUUGAAGAUGCAUCCUUCAGGAAACAAUGAUUCAACUGUGGAAUCGAAGUCUACUUUAUUGUCCAGUGAUGUGCUUCGCAAAAGAUUCAGUACCCAUUGAUUACUUUCAGUCAAAGAACCAAAAAGAAAGAGCAAGUGGAUGAGGCAGAUAUUCCAAAGAAGUCAGUUGAGGGGAUGAAAUUUUCACUGGUCAAAUGGAACAACUGCACAUUAGGUGUAAGUGGCUCACCGGAAGGAUCCCCUCAAAGAUGUAACUCAGUAGAUCAGUCGACUGCUCCCGUUAUAUUUAGAGAGGAUCCAAACAUGAGCCCUUUGCUUUUUCAGAGACAAGAUGAGGUAUAUCUUUUUACCUUUUUAAGUAGGCUUUUUGGUAGGGCUGUCAAUGAGCUCAGCCUUGGCCC